AUGGGGCAAGUGGAUCCUAGGACAGACAAGCCAUUGCCUGUUGGGACUUCCUCGCCAGGAACUGCUGCUAGUCCAGAAAAAAAUCCCCUUUUACAGGCCAAGGAAGAAGCUAAAACAAAGGCUUCUAAAGAUGAAAAGCCUUCGCAACUGAAAGAACAUGAAACUAACGAAACUGAAAAUAAGGUUCCUGAUGUAAUUCCUGCCACUGCAGCACAAGAAAAUGUAGAUUUACCACCUCCUAACGAGGAGGGUGCAGUAGGUACAGUUCCAGUGGAAAAAAUUAACCCAGAAAAAUUGAAGAGAGCACCACCACGCAAGCAGAACAAAUUGGAGACUUCUAUUGACACUGCAAAGUACCAAGCUGAUCAGCAAAAAAUAGGAUCUUUGGAGAAGGAGUUUGAGAAAGAAAACCCAGAUUAUUUGUUCCCUUGGUACUCUGUUGGUGGAUUUGAUGCUAAUAAAUCAUCCUCAAAGCAAUUGAAGAACACUCGUGUUGUCAAGUCUUAUGUUGUGGAAAAUUACUAUAACGAUUGGUAUUGUAACACCGUUGGUGUUGUAGGAACUUGUUUUUUUGCAUGGUUGCUCUCCUAUUUGAAUUUCUCGUGGUGGUCGUUAGGGUUCGUCUUUUUCUGUACUGCAUCGGUGUACAGAAGCGAAUUCCGUCGAUUCAAUAGAAACUUGCGUGAUGACUUUAAAAGAGUGGUUGUUCAUGAAACUUUGAGUGAGAAGACUGAGUCAUCCUUAUGGUUAAACUCUUUCCUCUCUAAGUUUUGGGUUAUAUAUAUGCCAAUGCUAUCGAAGCAAGUCAAGGCUGCCGUAAAUCCUCAAUUGGCAGGUGCUGCUCCUGGGUAUGGUAUAGAUGCAUUGAGUUUGGAUGAAUUUACUCUUGGUAGUAAGGCGCCAGCUAUCGACGCAAUCAAGUCUUAUACAAAAAAGGGAGACAAAACCGUUGAAAUGGAUUGGACAUUCUCUUUUACUCCAAAUGACGAAUCAAACAUGACUUCGAAUCAAGUUAAAAGUAAGAUCAACCCAAAGAUUUCCUUGGGUGUCACUGUGGGAAAAGGUAUUGUGUCAAAGACCUUGCCCAUUUUAGUUGAAGAUAUUAAUGUCGCUGGUACUGCUCGUAUUACCCUCAAGUUUGGAGAUGUCUUCCCUAAUAUCAAAACUGUUUCUGUUUCUAUGUUAGAACCUCCGUUAAUCGAUUUUGCCUUGAAGCCGGUUGGUGGUGAUACGUUAGGCUUGGAUAUCAUGUCUUUCUUACCUGGUUUGAAAACAUUUGUGAAGAGCAUGAUUAACUCCAAUGCUGGUCCAAUGCUAUAUGCACCAAAUCAUUUUGAUGUUGAUGUAGAAGAAAUUAUGGCUGCUCAAUCUAAUGAUGCAAUCGGUGUUGUUGCAGUGACCAUUGACUCUGCUGCAGAUUUGAAGACAACUGAUUUCUUAUCUACUUCAGUGGAUCCAUACAUCAAGUUUGAAGCUGAAAAGGGAAUUAUAGGCAAUGACUCUAACAUUCGUACAGCUAUAAAGUCUGAUAACAAAAAUCCUCGUUGGAAUGAAACGAAAUACUUGUUAGUAAACACGUUAGACCAAAAAUUGACCUUCAAUUGCUUUGAUUUCAAUGAUGUGAGAAAGGAUGCUCUAAUCGGGUCAUUUGACUUUGAUCUAUCCGACCUCUAUCAAAAGCCUGCGCAAGAACAUUUGACUAGAGACUUGCUCUCUAAGGGCAAAUCUAGGGGUGUUUUAAACUAUAGUAUUAAUUGGUUCCCGGUUAUCAAAAAUGAGGAUGAUGAUGACGUUUCUGAAGAGAAAAGUGAUAUUGAUACUAAGGAGUUGGACUCUGAGGACGAUGACAAGGAAAAGGAGGCAAGCGACUCUGAUGUUGGUAUUUUCAAGUUUACACUCCAUAAUGUGAAAUAUUUGAACAAGGCUUCUGCCCUGACAGGAUUCUUAUCUCCUUUCGCAGAGCUAUAUCUUGACGGUAAAAAGGUCAAGACCUACAGAACUUUGAGAAGAAUUAAUGAACCCUCUUGGGAAGAAAGUAUUGAAGUAUUGGUUCCUUCUGUUUCUAAGUCAGAAAUAGCACUCAAGGUGUUUGAUCAACAACUAACAGGAGAUAUGUUGUUAGCUGAAUACUCUGCUCCAAUGGAAGAUGUUAUUUCGUUAUCUGAACAAGCUCAAACAUAUGUGAAAGCUUCCCCUCAAGGUGAAAUAUAUAUCUCUUCAAGCUGGAAGCCUGUUGCUAUGACUGGUGCUUUCAAUGUCAGCGACAAAAUUCGUGAACCAUUAGGUGCUCUUAGACUCCAUCUAAAAGAAGCUGUUAUCCACGAAAGUGAUUUGUCUGGUGUUGGUGAUAUAGAUCCAUUUGUUACUGUAACAUCUAAUAAGAGUAUGUUCUAUAGAACUAACUAUUUCUCUGAUACAAAAACACCAAUAUUCAAUAGCGUUGUCUAUGUCCCAAUUACUUCGGAAAACCAAAGUAUAACUAUAAAUUUGGUUGACUAUCAAAAAAUGUCUAAAGAUAGACAUUUGGGUUCCUACCACUUCUCUGCUUCUAAGUUAAUUAAAAAAGAUCCUAAGACCCAAAGGUUCAUUGCAUCCUUUAAUGGAGAAGAACAAAUAAAAUGUUCUUUGUUAAAUCGUAAAGGAAGAGUUAUGAGAUCAUAUAUCAAUGUCGGCUGUUCAGUAGUUUCUACUAUACCAGUUUAUUAUCCCCACGAACUACCAGAAGUUGAGAAACUUGAAGAAAACCUCAAGAAGAAGAGGGAAGAAUUCGAGGCCGAGCAAGCUGAAUUGAAGAAACAAAUGGAUAGUAAUCCUAAGGAAUACGAAAUGAUUGAGGUUGAAGAUAAAUUUGAGAAGGACAUGCAAAGAAUCAAUAGAAAAGAAAAGAUGUCCUUCGAAGAACUUAUCAAAACAAACUCUGGUACGUGCUCUUUCCAAAUCAUUGAUUCAUCGUUCACAAGGCCUUCUGUAUACUUACAAAUUCUCUAUGAUGAUGUUUCAUACCCGGCUCUUACUUCUCAGAAAUCAAAAUCAGGGAAAAUACCUGUAGAGUUUGGAAGCUUCUUCGUCCGUGAUUUAAAGAAUAGUAUUAUGACCUUCAGAUUAUCAAAAAAGCCAAUUGUGAAGGAAAAGGAUGACAUAAUUUCUGAGCAGACCGUUUCCACAUUCGACCUUUUAAAGAAAGGUCUGACUGAGGCAAGUACUGUAUCAAUAAAGGAUGGUUCAAAGAUUAAGGUGAGAUUCUAUUUCAACCCAUCUGUGUCCAAAUUGCCUCCUUCUGAAACAGUUACAGAUACAGGUAUUCUCCAAACUACAUUCGUCUCGGCGGAGAAUGUUCUGGCUAGUGAUCGUAACGGUAAAUCCGACCCAAUGAUCAUUGUUAAAAUAGAUGGAGGGAAAGUAUUUCAAUCUUCUGUGGUUAAGAAAACGCUUAACCCUGUCUGGAAUGAAAAAGCCAAAAUUCUUGUCCCAUCUAGGAGUAGAAGUGAUGUUCUUGUCCAAGUUUAUGACUGGGAUAGGGCAGUUUCUAAUGAUUUAUUAGGUGAGGUUAAAUGGGAUGUCCAAGAUUUGGUGCCUAACAAAGAAACAACACUAUCUUUCAACUUGAAACCACAAGGGACUUUACAUGUUAAAGCCACCUUUGUUCCUAAAUAUAUUCCACCUACCGUAGAAGUGACUGAAGGUAAUUUAGCUAAAAAGACUGUUGGUAAUGUCGCAAAUCUGGGUGUUGGUGCCGUCAGUGGUGUUGCACAAGUAGGAAGUGGUGUUGCCGGUGCUGGUGUAGGUGCUGUCUCUGGAGGAUUGUCUAAAGGUGGGCGCUUAUUGAAAGGUAUUAGUGGAAUCAAAUCUAGGAGUGCUGACAGCAAAGAUGUUAACGAAGACGAGCACUCGGUGACAUCUGACGUGACAAAUUUUGGAUUCGACCCAUCAGUUCCAAACACAUCUUACGCGCCAGUCCGUCCACAAACGGCUCCUACGGCAUCAACGAAGGAGGCUUCCAGUAUCCAAGGUCCGCCUGGUGCAAUUCAUAAAAGAAAUGUUUCAGGAACCAGUAACCAUUCCCGUGCUACUAUCCCGGGAAGUCACAGUGGUAAAGUUACAAUCGUUGGUGCUGAAAAUUUGGGUAAAUCUGUUCAGGUGAGAGUUUCUAUCACUCAAGGUGGAAGAAUGAAACACUUGCACAGAACUCAUGAGCGUAAAAGCGAUGACAAAGGUACCUGUCAUUUCGAUGAGACAGUGAAUUUCAAGGCCACUGGAGAUGCGGUUAUUGUAUUUGGAGCUGUUGCUCACCAUACUUUCAGUAAGGAUACUGAAUUAGGUGUGUCACAAAUUAGCUUGAGCGACCCACAACUUCAUCAAGAUGGACAAAUUGGAUUAAGACUGGGUAAUGGUCACAUUAUCUUCAAGAUAAAGUAUCCUUUGGAUGGAGAAGUUCCACCAACUCCUCAAAUCCCAGAGAAGUACAAAUAA